GAAUAAUCGAUAAAUGCGUGAAUUAAAACGCGACAGAUAAGAUAUACUUGGCGGAUGUUUCACCGAGUCAUCUGUACACCGGGUAUUUCAAUAUACCCGGCCCCAGCCGGUCAUCUCCAUGAAACACCCGUGCACAGCCGAUGCGAGCCCCGAUUUGCCAUCUUCUCAACGGCCCGGAGUAAAGAAUGUUAUCAUCAUCAUGCAUCGGUAUUAUAGGGGUAGUUUAAUGAAAGGACUAGCAAGAUAUCCGGUCACCGAACCACGGCUGAAAGCAGGAUUGUAUUUAAAUCGGUUAUCGUUCGUCGUGGAAUCAUGAUUGAUAUAAAGGCUCAGCGACUGGUCCAAUCUACACCUUCCGCUCAGACUCAACCAAAUCUUGUAGUCUUAUAGAUAAAAGACACACGAGUCAAAAAAAGAACUCGAACUCAAAAAGCCAUGGCUCCCAUUUCCACCAGCCCCCCUCCUACCGACCGGAACUCCCUCGCCAGCUACAAAGGCUACGACCAUGUCCAUUGGUACGUAGGCAACGCCAAACAAGCAGCCUCAUACUACAUCACCCGCAUGGGCUUCAAGCGUGUAGCCUACCGCGGCCUCGAGACCAACCACCGACACAUCUGCUCCCACGUCGUCCGCAACGGAGACAUCACCUUCAUCCUCACCUCGCCUCUGCGCUCCCUCGACCAGAUCGACCGCUUCUCCCCCGAGGAACAGGAACAGCUGAAAGAAAUCCACCACCACCUGGAACAGCAUGGCGACGGCGUCAAGGACGUUGCCUUUGAGGUCGACUCCGUCGAUGCCGUGUUCAACGCUGCCCUGAAGAACGGUGCAAAGGUCGUCUCGCACCCACAGACAUUGAAGGAUGAGCACGGAGACGUGCGCGUCGCUACCAUCCAAACAUACGGCCAGACCACACACACCCUCCUCGAGCGGAGCAACUACCGCGGUCCUUUCCUCCCGGGAUACCGGCUCGAGACUGCCGAGGAUCCUGUCUCGAAGUUCUUGCCCGGCGUGCACCUGAACCGGGUCGACCAUUGUGUUGGCAACCAGGACUGGGAUGAGAUGGACAAGAUCUGCGAAUAUUAUGAAAAAGCCCUCGGCUUCCACCGGUUCUGGUCCGUGGACGACAAGCAGAUCUGCACCGAAUUCUCCGCUCUAAAGAGUAUAGUGAUGGCCUCACCGAACGAAGUCGUCAAAAUGCCCAUCAACGAGCCAGCCAAGGGAAAGAAGCAGUCCCAGAUCGAAGAAUAUGUCGAUUUCUACAACGGUGCUGGCGUGCAGCACAUUGCUCUCCUGACCGACGACAUCAUCCGGGACAUCACGAACCUCAAAGCCCGCGGUGUGGAAUUCAUCAAAGUCCCUAGCACCUACUACGACGAUGUGAAGAUCCGUCUGAAGAAGGCCGGGUUGGUCCUGCAGGAGGACUUUGAGACGAUCCAGAACUUGGAUAUCCUGAUUGACUUUGACGAGAAUGGAUAUCUCUUGCAGCUGUUCACUAAGGUAUGUCCAUCGGGGUUGCUUUGAUUUGAGAAUGAUGGUGUGCUAACGGAUGUAGCAUUUGAUGGAUCGCCCGACG